GUUCUUAGACAAAGCUGCAACCCUUCCUAAAACAGUUGAGGCCACUCCCUGGACAGUUUGUACUGUGACACAAAUUGAAGAAGUGAAAGUGUUAACAAGAAUGUUGCCUAUCAUAGCUAGUACAAUUAUAAUGAACACAUGUAUGGCCCAACUCCAAACAUUCUCAGUCGCACAAGGCUAUCGAAUGAACCGUUUCAUUAAAAAGUUCGAGGUACCAGCACCCUCAGUGCCCGCGAUCCCAUUAAUCUUCAUGUGUAUUCUCAUCCCAAUUUAUGACAUGUUCUUUGUCCCCUUUGCUCGAAAAAUCACCAAACAUCCCUCGGGGAUCACUCAACUCCAACGCGUUGGGGUCGGGCUAGUCCUAUCGAUCGUGUCCAUGGCUGUGGCUGCCUUAGUUGAGAUCAAAAGAAAGCACCAUUCCUUGCAAAAUCCAUUGAAGCCUAUUCAUCUAGCUUGGCUAGGAUUUCAAUAUGCUAUUUUUGGAAUAGCUGACAUGUUUACUUUAGUGGGCUUGCUUGAAUUUUUCUACAAAGAAGCACCUGCUGGAAUGAGGUCUUUAUCCACUUCAUUUACAUGGAUUUCAAUUUCUUUGGGUUACUUCUUGAGUAGUGUACUUGUAGAAAUUAUCAAUUCAGUGACUAAAAGAAGAGCACCAAGCAAGAAAGGAUGGUUAGUGGGGUUAGACUUGGAUCAGAAUAAUUUGCACCUCUUCUAUUGGUUCUUGGCUAUUCUAAGUGGGCUCAACUUUCUGAACUACCUGUUUUGGGCCUCUUGGUACAAGUACAAAACAGAUGAGAUUGUGGAGCCCAAGCCCAUUAUAGGUGAUUCUAUCAGCUUGUCCAAAUCAAUGUCUGUGAGUAGGGUGCCAUUGUUGAAGCCCAGUGACAAUGCAUCAGCAAUGCCUAUAAUUGAAGAAUGCUCAAAUGGGCACACUGAGGAAGCUAAUGAAAAUUCAUCAGCAGUGCCUAAAGUAUGA